AUGGCUACCGAGACGGAAAAUGGCCGUAUCGCGCAGGAUGACGCUGACUCAACUCCCGAGCCAUCCUUCUAUCAUCAGAGGGACGCUCGCCAGGUUAUGGGCAAAAUAAUCAGUUCAAACUUUGCGGUCAUGGUAGCUGGACUGAAUGACGCUGCCACUGGUGUCCUGAUACCCUACAUCCAGCCAACCUACGACAUAGGUUUGCUGCAAGUCUCAUUCAUUUAUCUCGUCAAUUUUACCGGCUGGCUCUGUGCCUGCUUUGCCAAUAUCCAUGUCUGCUCCCGGCUAGGAACGGGGGGCACGCUACUCCUGGGCGCAACGGUUCAAUGCUUCGGGUAUGCACUCAUGUUCUGGCAUCCGCCCUAUCCUCUUUUCAUGGCCGCCUUCUUUUUCACAGGCAUGGGUGUCGCUUUCCAGGAUGCGCAGGCAAAUGCCUUCACGAUCACUGUGAAAAACGCUCAUAGAUGGCUGGGUAUACUUCAUGCUGUAUAUGGAUUGGGAACUAUCAUUGCUCCACUAAUCGCUAACACAAUCGCCUCGCGGACGCCAGAAUGGCAUCAUUACUACUUGAUCGUGUUUUGUGUGGGCGUUGUAAAUAUCUUGCUUCUUGCAUGGACGUUCAGGCGAGGUCUUUUCCGACCUAAUGUGCAAAAUGCCAAGGAUACCGCUAGCAGUGAAUUGAAGGCUACGCUAGCUAAUCGGUCGGUGUGGAUCCUGAAUGGAUUCUUUUUCCUCUAUGCUGGUGCGGAGGUGGCUUCUGGAGGAUGGAUUGUCCAGUUCAUCGUCUCAGUAAGACAUGGUGACCCGAAGAAAGUAGGAUAUAUCGCCUCCGGUUUUUGGACCGGCUUUACCGUGGGCCGGGUCCUUCUCGCGGAUAUCACACACAAGUUUGGUGAACGUCGAAUGGUGUUUAUUUAUGUCGUGCUGGCGCUGGCGAUGCAGCUCAUGUUCUGGAUCGUUCCGAGUAUCCCCGUCAAUGCUGUCGCAGUUUUCCUCUUGGGCUUCUUCAUCGGACCAUUUUACCCUGUUGGACUGUAUGUUCUUACUGAAAUCGUGCCUCCGGAGCUUCAUGUCGGGGCAAUAGGCUUCACUGCGAGUCUAGGACAAGCUGGCUCGGCCGCUUUCCCCUUCAUGACAGGCGCAAUUGCCUCGAAAGCGGGUGUUCAAGUCUUGCAACCGAUCAUGGUCGGCUUGCUUAUCGGUAUCGGCAUAUUUUGGGCCUUUAUUCCCAAACAAGGCAAAAUACGGCUCGAGGACGACGAGAACAGUCGACUUGCAAACAACUAG